CCCAAUACACAUGCGCAGACAAUGGCGGUUGUGCUUCAGCCGGCAAUCAACGUGCUGAAAGGUUCCGCUUUCGUCUUGACAAGAUUCAGCCUACUGUUUAUGUAGUAGUCUAACAUCUAUUCGUUCUCCAUGUGAUCGGCUUGAUGUCUGAUAAGGUUGUUACGCUUAUCGUUGGUCAACACAAGAAGAGAGAGACGGGGAAUCUGUGCGCAAACAGGGUCUAUGUCCAACAUGACGAAAAAGCUGCUGAUUGAUGUAGACUGUGGAGUGGAUGAUGCACAGGCAAUUAUGAUCGCACUCGCCGCCCGGAAUGUGCAGGUUCUCGGCAUCACAUGUGUGCAUGGAAACACGAUUGUGGAGAACGUCUGCAAAAAUGUCCUUCGUGUUCUUAAAGUUUGCGGACGGCUAGAGAUUCCAGUGUUCAAAGGGACCAGCAAGCCAAUACUGGGAGUCUCAAUCGACGCAGGGCACUUUCAUGGACAGGAUGGACUGGGUGAUUCUCCUGACCCCAGUGCUCCAGGAAUGGACCAGCUGCAGAAGGAGGGAGCUGUGGAGGCUAUGGUCCGAAUAGUGAAUGAACAUCCAGGCGAGGUGUCUUUGGUUGCCACAGGCCCACUCACAAAUCUGGCCUUGGCAAUAAGGAUUGAUCCCACAAUUUCCCAGAAGCUUAAAGGUCUUUACAUUAUGGGAGGGAACACAGAAUCACGAGGUAACACAACAAUGUGUGCAGAGUUCAACUUUGCCUGUGACCCUGAGGCAGCAUAUAUUGUGCUGAAUGAUUACCUCUGUCCGACUUACAUUGCCUGCUGGGAGUUCACCUGUCGCAGUAAACUCCCCUGGGAGUUUUGCGAUGGCUGGCUGGCCCAGGACACAAAGAAGGCACGUUUCAUGAAGGCGAUUUUCAGCCACAGCAUGGAGGCUUGCAGAAGUGAGCGGAUUGAGAAGGAACUGGUGGCAGGCCAGGGUUUCAUCUCUUGCGAUUCCUACGCCCUGGCUGCAGCCAUCGAUGAUACGUUCAUACUUGAAAGUGACGAGGUACCAAUCACUGUGGAACUCUCCGGCAAAUAUGCUCGCGGCAUGAUGGUUCUGGAUACACUUGACAUACUGAAAAAGACUCACAAAGCUACGGUCAUGAAAAAGGUGGACAUGGAGAAGUUUAAGCAGAUGCUGAUGGACUCUUUAAAGUAAUGUCUCCUCCUGAUUCCUGGAGUCUUUUAUGUGUCAUGUUGUGGCCUCGCAGUGUAUUUAAAACAACCAUCUCCGUCCACGGAAGAAAUUCCAAGUUGGUUGUGGUGAGAUCUCUCGAAGUCUCGAAUUGAAGCAUUCCGUCGAUACUGUUGCAAAUGGUCAUUUGGCUGUAGAGAUGUAUGCAAUAUAAUUAUGGAUGCUUAAUGAAAAUUAGACUUGCACUGCUGCUAUUCACAUGUCUUUUCACUAAGAACUGAAAUUAACAUUUAUACUGACUUUUUGAUAAUGGUAUAAUAUUACCAUAAAGUUGGUUUAACAAAUCAUUUUACCAUAAUUUGUGUACGGCCACUGGUAAAAUAAAACUGGUUUAAAGUUA